GCUUUUUGACUGUAAUUUAACCCAAUAGAUCGUUUCUAUUGCGUGAUAUCUAUUCCAUCGGGCUUCUUCACGAUGAAUAAUCUACUGCGAAGUAAAUCUGGCUGUUGGACCUGCCGUUUGCGCAAGAAGAAAUGCGAUGAGCGAAAACCAUCACCGUGUUCCACAUGCGAAUCCUUAGCGAUAACUUGCUAUGGAUACGGGCCUAAGCCAGACUGGAUGGAUAAUGGACCAAGAGAGAAAGAAAUGGCGAACAGUAUUAAACAAAUUGUCAAACACACAUCACGUCGAAAGGGUCGACUGUCUGGUUCAAAUGGGGCUCCGAACAAUGGGGUUAAUACAGUGGCUUCUACCAUCAAUAUUGCACCAAAGGCCGCAACUGCACCCACCAGAACCAUUUCUACUACUAUUGAAGAUCAAAAAACUUCCUCGCAAUCUUCCCCUGCCCACUCCAGUCCAGGUGUAUCGGCGGAAACUUCCAUGGGCACGGCGCCAGAAAGCGGAAACAGAAUUUUUGGCACACCAGCCAUUACAAGUAACGAAGCAGCUUUACUAAUGCAUUUCGUGGAUAAUGUGUUUCCGCUGCAAUAUCCUAUGUAUAAGCCUGAAGUGCCUGACGGAGGACGAGGGUGGUUGCUCUCUCUUCUGCUGAAAACUAAACCUUUAUAUCAUGCAUCUAUUGGCCUAAGCGCGUAUCAUCGCGGUGUUGUACUUCGUGAACUGACUUCCGGUGGAUGCACAAAGCCCAGCAUCGCCGAACAAGAGAGCCACCUUGCUAUUUGUUUGACUGAAUUUCAAGAGGCGAUUAGAUCGGCUCAGGAUUGUGCUAAAGACUGUGUCUAUGGCAGGGAUAUUUGCGUGGGGAGCAGUCUUGCAAUUAUGGCUUGUGUUGUUCAACUUGUCUUUUUCGAGCUUUUUGGUGUAGAAAAGAGCUCAUGGGAAAUUCAUCUCCGCGCGGCUACGGAUUUGUUUGGUCAGGGGUACCGAGCGCAUGCCGCCGAGCUUGGCUUAUGGACCAAUGAUGAAUCGACAGCCAUCACUCUACCAACAGCUUGUGAACUGCUAAACAAUGAACCCUGUAUAAUUUUCUUAUUUCUAUCCGGGGUUGUUAUGUGGCUGGACGUAGUGUCUUGUAUAACUACAGGAAAGUCACCACAACUUCUUGAUCUCCAUCAUAUGGCUUUUGGCCGCCAGAUCAAGCUAGAGAGGAUUAUGGGUUGCAAGAACUGGGUCAUGACUGAAAUAGGCCGUACUUCUACACUACAUGUAUCUAAACGAAACGGGCUUCAGAACGGUACCUUUGACGCCCAUUCGUUCGAGACACAGGCCGAUGUCAUCAGACAAACCAUCCGGCGCGGAUUAAAUGAACAAUUCUUGACAGAACUUCGCAUUACAAAUCCAAAUCCGACCUCACAUGGUGAAUCACGGAUAAGCGACCAAAGUGUCAUCACACGGCUCUUUACUCGUGCUGCCUGCAUUUAUUUGGAGCUGGUCGUUCACGGGUUUAAAAUUGUCGAAGAGCAGCCGGACUUGUACAGUCUUAUCGCCGAACCUUUGAAGAUGCUUCCAACUACUAUACUACGUGGGGAUUUGAUCCGUGCUAUUGUGUGCCCCUUGUACAUUAUAGGAUGUGUGGCCAAAGUAGAAGAACGAGAUACAUUCAGAAAGAUGUUUUCUUCGCCACCAUUGAAUGAUCCAUUUAUGCAUCAUCGAAGUACCAUUUUACCUCUCCUGGAAAAGGUCUGGAUUCUCAGGGAUACCCAUUCGAAUAACGUGAGCUGGGAAUGCGUGUUGCAACUUUCCGAUGAUAAGAUACUAGUACUCUGAGUCGAGGCCAUGCAUCUACUUGCUCCUCAAUGUUCGAAUUUUGCCUAUAGCUUCAAUAUACAAAUCAGUUCGCCAAGGGCUCGAAACUGUCCCAAGCCACUCAUCUCUACCGCUGCCAACCGAAUAAGGCGUUAGUCUCUAAAUAUUUUGUCUUUCUGAGGGUAACUAGGCAAUCAUCAAGUGAAUAUCAAUCAUGACUCACCCAUAUCUUGCUUGGUUGUGAUGAACGGUAUCAUCAUAAUAAAACCCCCAGUCUCCCCCCGAGCUCAAGUCCUGCCACUACUUGGUAUCCGUACAUCUCGUGGAAUAUCAUUAUUGGGUGAAAAGAAGCCAAGAAUCAGCGGUUUAAACCCCAUCAAGCUCUAUAUGAAGGGGAUGCAAAAAAUUUGGACAAGGACUCUGCCUCUAGAAGAGCCAAAUGGCAUACUAAUGGCCAGAGUCAACAAUCGAUAACCUGCUUCGAAAGGAGAGUUUCCAUUCACAACCUGAAAUCUUUGCCGAAUGUUGAUUAUCACCGUUGUCGUCACUGCUUUGUAAGAAAUGAGUUUCUGUUGCCACGGAAGCAGAUUAACUACUGCAUACCUGCCAAGUUGGGCUUCAAAUAAGGACUUAAAUGAAUACUGAAGGGGCGUUGCAUUUACAAAAAAUUCCCUUCGCAAGGCGUUUUGUAGCCAGUCGCCAAGGGAAUACUGCCUCUCGCUUGGUUUCAUGGUUUCUUUGAUACCAUUCCCAAGUCGAAAAAGAGUAUCCAGAGAACGACAGAUAUAGUUGGGCAGGCUCACUUUAAUGACGCUGUGCCAAGAAUAUCGUGUGCCUCCUCCCUCCGAAGUGGUGACAAACAAGACAGAGGCCCCUGGAAGAAGUAGCAAGCCAAUCACAUCUAUGCUCUUGAAGUCUUCGAUGAUGAGAAUCGUUCCUUUUUUGUGGGGGCUCUCUGGGUGUAAAAAGGUUCUGUGGCAGGUAUAAGUGGUCCGGUACUUUACAUUCUACGUAUUGUUUGGGGUAUUAAUACUUUAAAACGAAGCACCCUUGUUGGUUUUACAACCAACGAAGACGGCCGGAUAUCAUGCAGUCAUUUUGAGACGCGUAACGGGUUCUACGAGUUAAUUUUCUACCCACCUAGGUGUGGCAGAUGCGCCCAAUGUUCAAUAAACUGCAAGUCAUUUCCUGUACACCACGGCGGUAUAAUGUGCGGCGUGCCCAUGUUCAUUCAUUUCGGGAAUCAGCCUUUGUUUGGUAAACGAUCAUUGCCUGUUCACAUGUCUACAUAUCUGGCUGAAUGGGCAAGUUCCAAGCCUUGAACCUGUUUUGAGAAAAGCUGCCCUUCGCCGACGAAAGCAAAUAGUUUCAUAUCUUUAUGUCAAAUGGUUUCCCUUAACAUUUAGACUUCGAACAAGAAAUGCAAGAUAUCACUACUUCGAAAACCCAGUAUCCUCACUACCUACGGGCAAUUAACCUCAUCCAUACCACACCCAAUCUAGAUAUUCCACCCCUAACGCCAUUAAAUAUGGCCCACAUAUCUUGAAAGUUUCAGAACAAGAACAAGUUUGAAGAUAUUGGCUGUGAAAUUCUUAAUGUUUAUAUAUGGAAAAGGUUCCUUUGGGGCCUGUUUCCCCAGAAAUUUGCAUAAAACCUCCCAGCCAUCGUGAGGAUGAAAUUCUAGAAGGGUUUCUGGGGGAACCACAGAACGUAUAUGCUCGACAUGUUUCGAAAUAUGAGCAGCAAGUGCUUCGUGAUCUGUCCAUGGCUUAGGAGAAGUGUAGGCGGUGAUUGCAAGACGCAUGGUUUCAUGAUCAGCGCCCAUUCCUUCCUAUACAAUGGAGAUUUGGACUCUUAGUCUCCGCAAAAAGUUGAGGUUAUACAAGAUUUAGAGGACGAAUGAGGAGACUUGGUUAACCUACAGGAUCGAUAAAUCGUAGAAAGGGCCAAACUCGCCAUUCCAAAACUCUAUAAAUUCAGCUAUCGAAUGAAUUCACCUAUGCGACUUGUUUACGGCUGGUAAGAACUACCUUAGCAUAUGGAAAGGCCGCCAGCAUUUCAUCAGAGAUUGACACAUGGCAUAUCACUAAGGGUCUAAUUCGAAUUCAGCAAUCAAACAUGAAGCUAUAUGCUCAGAUUAUACCGACACUAUACCCUUGCAGAACUUUAUCAAAGUCUGCUGAUGAUAUGGCUCGCCGAUGCCAAGCAUCUUGUAUUUGAUAUCUAUAGCCCAGUUGGUUCAAAGCGGUAUAUAUGGCUGGAAUAGUGUUAGUUAAUGGGAUGUCUAAACUGCAGAGUCACUGCACACUCAUCGUUGACGUGCGGGAAAGACCCAGACAUAACACUUGCAUCUCAACGGGCCGUAGGUGGAUCGCCGGGAUUUGAUCAAUUUGUCGUUUGGAAGGAAUGAAUUCUGGGAUUCUUUUUUUCUUCCAAUUGCCAACUGUUGUGUCAGAUUACAUCGAGAUCUCCUUAACAUCCGUAUCUUUUGUUGUUCACUGUUGGAUCCAACUGCCUCAUACGGUUUGUUUGACUGUGCCGCUACGCUGCCGACGUGUGAAGCAAGAAGUGCGGAGAGGUGCGAUGGAAAUACAUUGAAGGCUAUUGUGGUUUGUUGGGUAAUGAUACUCCUAGUAGUACCCUGUAUUUCAUCAUUUGACUUUGUGAGAAUGCAAUGAACCAGGCUGAAUUGAAUAAGG